AUGGAGGACGGAGGCAAGGCGCCGGCCAGCCUGGGCACCCUGCGCGCGGUGCUCGCCAUCCUCCAGUGGUGGGGCUUCAACGUCACCGUCAUCAUCAUGAACAAGUGGAUCUUCCAGAAACUGGAUUUCAAGUUUCCUCUCACCGUGUCCUGUGUCCACUUCAUCUGCUCUUCAAUCGGAGCCUACAUCGCAAUCCAUGUGCUUAAGGCGAAACCGCUGAUUGAAGUUGAACCGGAGGACCGCUGGAAACGGAUAUUCCCAAUGUCGUUUGUCUUCUGCAUAAACAUUGUGCUGGGAAAUGUGAGCCUGCGCUACAUUCCAGUCUCCUUCAUGCAGACGAUCAAAUCUUUCACUCCUGCAACCACAGUUAUUCUGCAGUGGCUAGUCUGGAAUAAGCACUUUGAGUGGCGCAUAUGGGCAUCGCUGGUCCCCAUAGUCGGGGGAAUACUCCUGACUUCGGUGACAGAGCUUAGCUUCAACAUUUUUGGUUUUUGUGCUGCCAUGGUUGGCUGCCUGGCUACAUCUACAAAGACCAUCUUGGCAGAGUCCCUGCUCCAUGGAUACAAAUUUGACAGCAUUAACACGGUGUACUACAUGGCACCCUUUGCCACCAUGAUACUGGCUCUACCAGCAAUGUUGCUUGAAGGAGGCGGUGUAAUCAACUGGUUCUACACACAUGAUUCAAUCGUUUCUGCGCUGAUUAUCAUCCUAGGUUCAGGGGUGCUUGCGUUUUGCCUUAACUUCUCCAUCUUCUACGUCAUCCAUUCAACAACAGCAGUGACUUUCAAUGUUGCUGGCAACCUCAAAGUAAGGCAUGACUAUAUUCUGGGCCAUGUCGCGGUGGCAGUGUUAGUGUCAUGGUUGAUCUUCCGGAAUCCAAUCUCUGCGAUGAAUGCAAUUGGAUGUGGAAUCACCCUGGUUGGUUGCACUUUCUAUGGCUACGUGAGGCAUCUGAUCUUGCAACGGCAGGCUGCAGCCCCAGGGAGUCCAGGAACAGCGCAUGCGAACCUUUCAAGAAAUCAGAUGGAGAUGCUUCCCCUUGUGGACGACAAGCAAGAAAAGGUUUAG